UGACCAGUAUCCUCCAAACAGUUGCCCAUCAACAGUUGCGAGUGAUUGAAGUAGUGUAGCUUUGAAUUCGCUUUUAUAUGCCAAAUAUGUGGUACAAGUAUGUAUACCUGUGGUCAACUUGUUUCAUCAUAUCUUCAGCAAAGGCAUCGCUCAAUGAGCCAAUUGUUCACACAAAAUUGGGUACUAUUCGGGGUAAAUGGCUGAGAAGUGUACGGAAUGUCGAUGUUGCUGCGUUUUUGGGUGUACCCUAUGCAGAACCACCAAUCGGAUCGCUUCGUUUCGAGAAUCCCCGGAAUUGGACUGGUCAUUGGAAACAAAUUCAUAAUGCGGUUGAAGACGGCCCGCCCUGUGUUCAACCAACCAAUGAUGGUAGAAUCAUUGGAAAGGAGGACUGUCUCUAUUUAAAUAUUUAUGUUCCUGCUAUUCCAUAUGACUCCAAACUCUCUGUCUUGGUGUUCAUUGGCGGGGAGGAUUUCAUUACUGGUAGCAACAAUAGCACAGAACUAGCGCCUGAUUAUCUUAUGGAUCAAGGCAUCAUCGUUGUAACUGUUAACUAUCGCCUGGGAAUUUUGGGUUUUCUGAGCACUGGUAAUGAGGCAGGACCCGGUAAUUACGGGGUUAAGGAUGUAUUCCUAGCGCUCCAAUGGAUACAGACCAACAUUGAGGACUUUGGUGGCGAUAUAAAUUCAGUGACACUCAGUGGAGCGAGUGCUGGUGCAGCACUGGCCCACCAUCUUGUUCUGUCUAAUCGUACCGAGGGUCUAUUCCACCAGCUCAUAACUCAUUCAGGAUCAGCACUUGCACCCUGGGCAAUGCAUCCAGCCCGAUUCGCACGAAUUAGGUAUCUCGCUGUAGCUGUCGCGAUGAAUUGCACAACUAGAGACAAAAUAAUGGAUAUCGCUUACAUGCCGACAACGCACACAUUGUUUGAGGAUAUCCAGCAAGUUACGGAGGAUACCAAAAUCUUGGAAUGUCUGAGAAAUUCCUAUGCCCACGACAUAACUGAGAAGCUGUCCCUCUUUGACGAGUGGUUUGGCAGUCCCCAUGGAAUUUUUGGCCCUACCCUUGAGCCCGACUCUGACGGAGCGUUGAUCACUAGAAAUCCUAGAACGAUCAUAGCAAAUGAGGAAUUCCGAGAUAUUCCCUGGAUCACUGGUGUUGUCUCUGACGAAGGUCUCUUAAGGGCGAUAGAGUUACAGUCUAACAACUCACUGCUAGAAGCUCUAGCAGAAAAUCUCGAAGAAGCAAUACCAAUCAUUCUCGAAAUGGAGGAAGUCGUCGCCGAUGUUUCUCUUUUUACUGAAGAGCUGAUGGAGUUUUACUUUCCCGAAGGAUUUCGGCCGAACAGAACUGAUUUUUUUGAAAAUAUUACAGCGCUCCUCGGUGAUGGUUUAUUUUAUUACUGGUCUUACGAAGGAGUGGUAACACAAGCGGAAAAAAUGAAUUCAAGUGUCUAUUCGUAUGUAUUCUCCUAUCAAGGAACGUUUUCGUCUACCUUAGAGAAUAGAAUAUCAGCAAGAUUGGGAGUAUCUCAUGGGGACGAUAUCAACUAUUUAUUUCCCUUUCUAAAUUCCCAGUUAGCCGAUUUACAGCUGUAUAACACAAUUGAGGACACAACAAUGAUUAAUAUAAUGACAGAGAUGAUAUCUUCGUUCGUAAAAAGAGGUGCACCAUUCGCCCAGCUAACACCGGAUUGGAGGCCAUAUCAAGAGGAUUUCCGAUUCAUGAGACUAGGAAUGGAGGAGAGAUCGCCGGAUAUUUCGAUGGAGAGGUACUUCCUGCCGAUCAGAAUGGACUUCUGGUACCGUCUCAUGAGCAACGUUUCCGUACCAAGGGAACAACUAUUCUUUGAGCUCUACGAGGAUGAUAGUGCUGAGGAUCUCGCCAAGGAGGAGUCAACCAAUGCAAUUUCCGGACACCCCGAAUGCAUUUCUUUUCCGUACAUCAUCCUUCUGUGUACUAUUUAUUUCCUCGUCUAGUUAUUACUACUAUUAGCUCGUGAAUGACGUCGCUGAAUGAUCCUCGAGGGUUUCGACUUCAUCUUGAAGAUCACUCAGUAAACUAAGCGAUACAAACUAUCGAUAUUAACUAUUGUUAACUAUUAGUGUUAUUUUCUCAUUCUACUCUUUUUCAUUGAAUGUUCUCAUAUAGCCAUGACACGACAUGACACCCACAUAGAUUGGAGUGAUUUAUUGACUAGAAGAAUUUACAAUAAAGGACGGAAUAUUGCUCUGGUCACUGUUGGAGUAUCUCAAAAAAGAGAGAGUUCUAAAUAUCCAAAAAAAACCGUGCAAAAUUCACAUCCAUUAUCACACACAUAACAGAGUCGUUGGAGGGGAAGCCAAUGUUCAACGAAAACUUUACAAAACUCAAACUAAUAACCGCGCUUUGUAAUCGCAUUAAAAACUUUUCUGUUACCACGGACUUUACUGCGUCACUGUACCGAGUGGGACAAAUAUACGAGUGCUCUAUCCAAGCUAUUUUAGAGUAACUGUGAGUCGAAUCAGGUGGAAUUUAUGCAUGAAUGGCACACGGUACUUUUAUUUACUUAGACCAUUGUCUGUUUUGAAAAGUAACAAAAAAGGAUUGGGAAAUAAAAAAAAAAUUGCCUGGAAAAAAAAA